UAUUAUUUCUAUAUACAUAAUAUACUUAUAUAUACAUAAUAUAUAUAAAUUAUAAAAUACACUUUAAAAUAUCUGUGUAGUCACAUGAAUUUUCCUCUCUAUCCAAACUAUACAUUAAGAAUAUUUUGUAACUUCUGUUGAUUUCCUGCGUACGAUAAUCGACUUUUAUUAACGAAUCUCAAUGUACGCGAGUUUUUAUAUGUCGUUUUAUCGAGCUUUAUUCUUCCGAAUUUUAUACGUCUGGAAAUGUUGCCAAACUGAUUAACGUGGACCCUCGACCAACUAUUGACCACCAGUCAUGGAUUUUGCGAGAGUUUGAUAACAUUAGUUUUAGAAAAAGACAGUCAACGAUAUAUAUGAUAUUUAUGAUAACGAUAUCCCUCUCAUUCGUAUUAUUAUAUAGAGCCCGCGUUUAUUAUAUAGAGAUGAGAAUCGUGUUGCGCUUAAAUUUAAAGGGCCCACGCACGAUCCAACGAUUUACGUAGCAAAAGACUAUUGCGCGAAUCAAGUUCGUGCUAUACGUAAAAUUAAAAAUACACACUAGAGAAAUAUCACACGAAAUUUAUGCAAAUCGCUAAAUCGUGCGCGGGCCGUUUCACAUUCAAAUGAAAGUUGCGUUAAUAUAUAUAUAAUAUACAUACCUUUAUAUUAUAAAAAAAUAUACAUGAAUUAUAUAUAUAUAUAUAUUACUAAGAGAAAUGUGUGGCGACACACAGUUGUUAGAUUAUCACGUGGCGAUGUUCCGAUCCGCUGACGAUCGAAGCCGUCGACGUCAAUACGAUAUUUGACUGCAACACGUCGCCGAAUAUUCGAAUAAUUCGAAUACCCUGAAUGUCCAUCCGUGAUUCGUUGUUACCCGUUAGAAUUCUUCGGUAAGCCGAAUGUUCUUAAAAGUCGCGCGAAGCAACGUGAUACGAGACACCUCUCGUAUAAUUUAUCGCGUUUCGCAUUUCGCAUUAGCGCCAUAGAGCGUAUCACCUCCUUAGGAUUAUAUCUGCGAACGUCGGGAUAUUCUAAUAUUCGGAUAUUCGAGCGUGUGCAGUCCUAAAAAUACUCGUUUGUUCGCGAGAGAAAUUAAGAAAAAAAGAAGAGUGUGUGACCGUUGCGCGCGGGAGUGUCUACCUUCUCGCGCCGUCGUUCUGUGUCGUUGUCUCCUUUUCGAUUGCGGUCUAAUCGUGUACAGAUUUAAUGUAGAAAUUUAAUAGACCCAUCCGCGAGCAACUGCCGAGAUGGUUGAUGAGCGCGAAAAGAAAAAAAAAAGAAGCGCCGAGGGGGGCAAAUCGCGACCGGAUUUUCGGCCGCACGAGCCGCCUCGCUCGCGCUUACACGGACGAGCGUAUUGUAUGAUAAUAUCAUAGUGGAUUGCGACUUUCGUCCCCUUUGUAAUUAACGACGCUCAUCGCUAUUUAUUUCCUCGUGUAGCAUAUAUGCAUAUGGGCGGUUGCCUCGCACGGUUUUUUGACCGUCGUGACCUCGAGGUCGAAAUUAAAGUUAACGAACGUACAUUGGUCUUGAUCUCCAGCUGCGAUUAACUGUAUUACUAUGUUACUCUUCUUCGCGCAGCGAGUUUCGUAGGAGGACUUUUUCGUUCUAGUUAUGCACGUGGCACAUCGUUCGAAUACACGUAUUUCUUUUUUCCUUUUACACAUAUACGUAUUACGAAUUUCGCCGUUUCGAUUUAAUACCCGUCGAAUUCCGAGCUUCGGAGAACUUUGCGAAGCUCGUGAGACGCCGUAGUUUCUACAUUCAAUCUUUACGCGAGAACAAUCUUUAGUCCCGUAGCGUGCGUUCGUUUUCGCCCUUUUCUCUCUUCCGCGAGUACCGCGCUCUAGCCGAUUCCUAUACGCAGAAUAAAUCGUGCAAGCGUUCUUUCCUGGAUCACCGAUUUAUUUUGUAUCGUUUAGCUUUGUAUGUACAUGUACGUUUAUAAGACAUUAUUGAUUUAUAUCAUAAAAUAAUAUAUAAACAUAAAUAUUAUCUCUCAUACAAAAAUGUGCCUACUUUGUCCGACUCUUGAUUCUCUCGUUUUGUUCCAAUAGUUUUCUCCGUUUAACAGUAAGUUCAAUCUCAAUCUUGUGUCACAUUUUACUUAACGAUCAAAAUUCUUAUAAGACGUGCCGAAUGUUCAUUGUAACUUUUAUAACUAGAUUGCAGAUUUCGGAUUGCAAAUACAUAGUUUUUUAGAAGGCAAGAAAUUGAGACCAGAACAAAAAUUUGUUUCAUCGAAAAAGCAUUCUGAAAAUUGGACCGAACCGGAACUAGUUAUAAAAGCACGAGCAAUCGUGUAGAAGCUAGUUAUUACGAAAAUGCGCUUUUAUAUAUUGAGAGCGUCUUUUUUGACAAUUAAUAUCUGCAGGUAUACAAAAGUUCAUUAUAUGAUAAAAUAUCGGAAUGGUACGAUAAAUGAAGUAACGACGAUGUUCAAGUAGCGUUUCAGCUAAGGUAUAUUUACAACAACGUACUCUUAAAAAUACAUUUUACAGUACUAAAAUAAAUUAAUAGUAUUAUUUGAUACACUUUUAUAGCACUAAAAUUCGCCACUGGCCGGUCCGUCUGACCUUGAAAGUAUUCUGGCGUUUAAUUAUUAGUCACGCGUCCGUUUGACAAUGAAAUUCGCAGAUAUAUGAAACAUUAAACAUUCGAGAGACACAUUGACGCAUAUUUGACACGAAAUAUUUUAUCGGUCAAUGGACACCAUCGGUGUCAACGUAAUAUUAAUAUACUUUGCAGUCUUAUUUCGCAUACGUAACACUCAUGAGGACUCUAACUAUGUAGUAAUAAUGUCAAGAAUUUUAGACAUUGCCCUAUUUACAAUUGGCCCUCAUCCCCUUCGAAAUAGUUUAUUUUUUUUUCAUAACGCUUGCGAUUCGGCCUCGAUCUUCUAUAUCGUCUCGAAACGUCUUGAUUUUUAUUUUCAUUUUUGGGAAAUCAUAACGGGGCUAAAUUUGGCAAAUAUAGAAUACGCGAGACGAUCGGGAUAUUGUUGCCAAAUAUUAUUGCAUCAGGCAACGAAACCUGGGGGGAGAAACUUGGCAGUGACAUUACGUAUGUUGAAAUCGUUAGUGAAGAUCGCCUGGUAGACUCAGUAUGAUAUUCUAACGAUGUCACAAAUGUCGUGGAUAAUAUUAUACCUUCACGAAUAAUUUGUGUAAUUUUUCUAAUAUUCUCGGGGGAUGUGCGUGAAUGUCUUAUGUGCGUCGUCUUCGAUGACGUGUAAUACUCGAAAUUUAGCCUUUUCAAGCGUAACUUCCGCUAUUUUGCAAUGUAAACUGUUUAAAUUUUAAUUAAUCAUUCGUCAGCAAAUCAAGAGUCUUAAAAUGUUUCAUUAUACAUGCAUUUUGUAACAAAACUCCAAACAGUCUGCAUUAUGAAAUAUAGCGUGGCAUUUGCGCUUAAAAGAAGUUGAGCGUCGAACAUUGAACGUUAUUAAGCACAAAUCUUCGAUACCGAAAUCGAACCCGAUCGUAGUGCUUGACGCGGUACAGAAAAAAGACUUCCAGGUGUUUGAAGCAUAGUUGAAAUCGUUGUAUCGAAUCACAAGGGGACCAAUUAAAGGCCAAUUAUAAAUAGGGAUAACUUGUCCAAAGCAAUUAUCGCUGAUAAAAUUAUUAAAGGGAGAUAGAAAAUGGAAGAGACAAAUGACUGUAUUCGGUGGAUAGAGCAGACAGAAAUUACGAAUAAUAGCAAGUUGGUUCGGAUACAACAUCACAAUACGCAGGAUACGAUGGAGGAAAUUAUAUUAAAUCGAAAAAAUCAAAACAACAAUAGCAUCGAUACAUACAUAGAAGAUGCAAUCAAAAACGAAUAUUAUGAACUCGCAGAGGCAAGAAACGCCGUUAAAUACAUCGAACAUUUUGUGAAACAGAUGAAGCACAUUGUCGAUCAGAAUCCCGCGAAACCGAAGGAUUAUGAUAAAUGGACGGACAAAGAACAAUAUGAACACAUAAUAAGUAACAUGAAAAUAUAUGUGCCAAGUAUACCAGACUCCUUAUUAUUCUUCAUACCGGCCGCACAGUAUCGGGGAGAUUGCGGUCGAAAUUCGACGGACAAACCGCUUUGGUUGGACAUAAAAAAGUUCCAGAGAGGUCAAAAGUUCGCGCGAGAUCACAUUACCUCGAUCCUUUUAGCUAACUUGUUAUCGCUUUUCGAGAUAUUCGCUUUCACGGAUGGUUUAAAACCGAUUAUCUUCAGCCGACAAUCUCACACGCCGUAUUUAGCAUUCAAGAGGUACUUGUCCACAGCUUGCCGUAUAAAAAAUUGGAUGAUGGAUGAUCCUUGGACCGUGGGCACGCAACCUUACAAGGACGUGCAAACUGUGCGUAGAAUGCACCGUGCGAUACGAUUGAAACUUUGCGAGCGCGACAACGAGGAGAUCGACACGGCCACUAAAAUUUCGAAUCCAUGUUGUCCGGGCAGAGAAGCGAUUUUAGAAGACUUUUCUUCCUGUCCAUACCCGACCGUCGAAAACGGUUGUUUACAUCUACUGAUCAAACCGAAAGGAUUGAAUCAAGCUGAUAUGGGAGCCACGCAAUUCGCUUUUGUCGGGAUGAUUCUGCUGCACCCCAACGAGCUCGGAAUUGACGCUAGCGAUGAAGAUUUGGAAGCUUUUUGCCACACAUGGAGAGGCAUAGGAUACCUUCUUGGUAUAGAGGAUGAAUAUAAUUUCUGCCGCGGCAAUCUGCAGGAAAUAAAGCAAAGAUCGCGCGACUUCGUCGAUGUUUGGGUGAGACCCUACUUGCGGCAAGUAACGCCCGAAUGGGAACACAUGUUGAGAUGCGUUGCGGAAGGUGAACGUUAUUAUAUUAGUCGUUUCACAUUCGAGACGUUACUACUGUUCGUCACCAAUUUAUUGAACAUUGAUAUGCCGCGCGUACGACAUACGCUUACUUAUUUCGAACGAUUUUCUCUUACCAUUCAACGCUUCAUGUUUCGCUAUGCCAUGAAAUUACGAUUCGUACGAGAGUAUAUAAACAAGAAAGUUUGUAAGGUCCUCGAUAAAGCAGUCGAAUAUGGACCGGAAAAACACAAGUUACUCAAGAACAGAUCUGAAAAGGCUUUAGACAAGGGUCGAUAGCAUUUAUAUAAUGGAGCAUGAAGCUUUGCAUCACUUGGGCAUUAAUAAAGUCAAUAUUAAUAAACAUUAAUGAGAAUUAAUAGGCAUUAACGGACAAUAGUAGAUAUUAAGUAUACAUAAUAUUAAAGGUCUGUUAUUAGAUCGUAUUACGAAAGAUUAAAAAAGAUUUCCGACACGCUAGAGUACGAAAUAGCGCCAUAUAAUAUAAACUUUCAUAUAUAUGUGUACAUAUAUAUAUAUUUUUUCAAUCAAUAAAUAUAAAUG